AUGUCGGUGAACGUAUUUACGAUUUUAUUCUGUAUCUCGAUAGUCUGCAUCAUAAUUACGACAAUAGUGAGCCACAAGAGAAUGACCGAUAUCGCAAUGGAAGAACACCACUUAUCCUCGACGCAGUCGCUCUACAACUUCACGCGCAAAGGGAAACCUGUUACACAUAGUCACUUAGACCUCACACAUAGAGAAUUUCUCGACUUGCUUCAAAACGAACAUUUCCAGGAUAAAUUCGAGAAGAUACUUAUUGAAUCUCCAUUUUCAGCGUACAGAAUGGAGACCCCUGCACUAUCAUCGUCUUCUGCAGAGAACGUCUUUGGAAUGAUUCUUAUCAAAGCUGAUCACUUGGCCUCUGCAACGCCUGAUACAGUCUCUUUCCGAGAGCAUUGGAAAAAGUGUGAUGAGACGAGUCUCAUUUGCGCAUUUCCAAAUUUAGGUGGUGAUUCGCUCCUCGUCUGUCCAGUCCCGCCGAGAACUACGGAAGGAAGUUUCGAUUUUCAAAAUGCCAAAUCGUUUGUGUCUAUCGCACAGUUUUUCCGAAAAGCGAGCGUAGACUAUCGGAGAGCAUUCUUGAAACGCUGGAGUUCUCACGGACAAGCAGCGGCUAAAAAGUCCUCAAAGACGUACAUAUCGACAGAGGGAUCGGGAGUGAGCUGGCUUCACCUACGAUUUGAUCCUUACCCAAAAUACUACUCCUCAGUUUACCGCUCCUCGUGA